AUGAAGCUUACCACCACCUUUCUAGCGUUCUGUGUGGCUCUGCUCAGUGACUCUGGUGUGGCUUUCUUCGUGGAUUCGUUGGCCAAACCCGUGGUAGAACCCGUGGCUGCUCUUGCUCCCGCUGCAGAGGCUGUGGCGGGGGCUGUGCCUAGCCUACCAUUAAGCCAACUGACCAUCCUGAAGUUCAUCCUGGCCGGCCUGGGCAUACCAUUGGACCCUCUCAUAGAGGGUUCCAGGAAGUGUGUCACCGAGCUGGGCCCUGAGGCUGUGGGAGCUGUGAAGUCACUGCUGGACAGUGAGAAAGAAAUGCUUGGAAGAGACCUUAGGAUUCGGCUGAAGCCCAAGACCAGCUCUUGUAGAUUCCAGGGGAAAUGA